GUAUAAAUUGCCUCUAUUCCCCACUCCCCACUCUUUUCUUUAUUCGUCUCUCAACGCUUCUUACCAUUUGUUUGCACACUCCCUUCAGCUCACCUUUCUGGAAUCUGGCCCUCAAUUAAAAUCUACAUCCUUAUUUUGCUCAUACUCGCUACUCGUAAUUAUCGUUCCUUCUCUGGAAACACAAGUUUUACACUCCAGAAAAAAAAAUGAAGUCCAUCACCCUUGUCAACAGCCUACUGGUCGCUACCACGACUCUACUUUCGUUCCUUGCACCGACCUCGGCCCACAUAGCCAUGUCCAACCCACCUGGUCAAGGUGGUCCCUGGACUAGCGAUCCCCACAACACUGUCCACGCCUGGAUCGGUUACGAGGGCAAGAAGUUUCCCUGCGGUGGUUACAAGAAAGGCCCCGUGACGAUCUACAAGGCCGGUGAAAUCGUCAACGUCCGCUUCUGGACCUUUGGCAUGGACUACAAAAAAUUCCCGCCACCAGGUGGCCUCAAGCCCGCGCGACAUGGUGGUGGGGCCUGCGAAUUCUCGCUGUCGUAUGACGGAGGCAAGACCUGGAAGGUCAUUGGGCAGUACACGAAGACCUGCCCAGAUAUCUAUUACCAGUGGCCAGUACAGAUCCCCAAGAAUGUUCCUUCGUGUACGGAUUCGAACAAGUGUCUCUUUGCCAUGUCCUGGACCGCCUAUGCCACGAACCAGUUCUAUCACCACUGCGCGAACGUUGUCAUCCAGGGCGUUCAGAAUGGCAAGCUGCCUACCUUGGACAUGACCGUUGUGGACGUUUCCCAGCUCCACCAGAAGAUGAACACCCAUGCCAUUGGCGACAAACGCAGCGGCAAGUCCACUGGCCCAGAUAAAAAGGAGAAAGCGAUGAGUACCAACGGCUACUAUGCCUUUGGUGGCCAGGCUGGCGACCACGGCAUCGACCUCGGCCUGAUUCAGUCUUAAAUCAUUAUCCUCCUCUCUCUUCACGGGUUAAGCUUGUAUGAUGCUGCAACACAGCAAUCAAGAAAUACAUACAAGCGUACCUAAGAGAAAAACAAAAAAAUUGGCCGCAUACCUUUUAGAUACACACUCCUCUUUUGCCUAACUUCUCUCAACAGCAAUAGCCGCCCUUAGCAUAU